AUGUUGCUGCUUCCAGCAAUCGUCUCUUGCCUUUCCCUGGCCCUGGCGGCCAACAUCUACGUUGCACCCAAGGGUAGUCCAACGCCAGAUGGCACCCAGUCGAAGCCCUUCGGUGACAUCCAGGCGGCCGUCAACAUCUCCCUACCCGGCGACGUGAUCAUUCUUCGCGGCGGAACCUAUGACCUCCUGAAGAACAUUAACAUCACCGUCAACGGCACGGCGCAGGCCCCCAUCACCCUGCACGCCGCCAAGGACGAGGAGGUCAUUAUCGACGGCGAGGGUCUGCCCGACACGCCUGCUCCGGUUGGUGCGUCUGUCCCCAACAGGAACCGCGGAGUUCUUCACGUCGAGCGCAUCCAGUACUGGAACUUUGCCCGUCUCACCUUCACCCACGGCCCCUACGGAGUCUACGUGAAGGACUCUAGCAACCUGCGCUUUAACCAGAUCGUUACCCGCGACAACUACGAGAGCGGUUUCCACAUGCAGGGCGCCCUUUCUAACAACGUCAUCUCAUACCUCGACUCGUACGGCAACCGUGACCCGAGGAACAACGGCGAGAACGCCGACGGUAUUGCUAUCAAGGAGGGCAAAGGAGAGGGCAACAUUAUUGUUGGCAGCAGAUUCUGGGACAAUUCCGACGACGGUGUCGACUUUUGUGCGUCUAGGGAGUUCCACUCCAAGCUGAUUAUCAAGGACAGCAUUGCAUGGGGUAACGGGUUCAACCGCUGGAACAUGCCCGACUUUACCGGCAACGGCAACGGCUUUAAGCUCGGCGGCGGCAGCGCCGGCGACAUCCUGCCAGCAGCCCGCGACGUCAUCAACUGCAUCGCCUUCGGCAACAAGGCCAACGGCUUCACUGACAACUCGCAGACGGGCGACUUCGCCAUCGAGGACAACACCUCGUGGAUGAACGGGCGUGUCGGCUUCCGCAGCGUUAACGCGACGGGGGUGCUCAAACGCAACGUCGCCGCCGUGAAUAACCCCACGGCCGCGGCCAAUGCCACGUUCGGCGGACAGGUGACUCUGAGGGAUGCGCAGACUUCCGUUGGGAACUCAUGGGAUAUUGAGGGCGCUGUUCUUACCAACGCCAGUUUCAAGAGCGUUGACAUCGGCCUUGUCGCCGGACCUCGUGGUAAGAACGGCAAGAUCACUCCUAGUGAUUUCUUGGUUCUCGUUGACGGGGCGAAGAGAGGAGCAACCACCAACUGGAAAUAA